AUGAGCACCACCUGGACCAAAGCACCCCUGGCAUUGGCCAUCCUCUCCGUCGUGGCUUUUCUUGCCACACAUGUUGUUUUGUUGCAGAAUGGCACGGCCAAAAAGAUGCUCGACAACAUCACCUCGCCCAGGCCGGUGCUGGCAGGCACUGACACACCACUCAAAAUCAUAUGGACAGGGCUUUGGCCGCUGGAUCUCGACUUUUCCAUCAUGAUCACUGUUUUCUCGGCCAUUCUUGACGUGCGAAAUACAAGCCUUUUCUUUCAAGGAUCCCACUUCUUCGGACUCUGGAUGGCGUCGUGGAUGCUGAUUCUGCUCGACAGCCACGAGAGAAUGUCUGCUCGCCAAAGACCGUCUUGGCAGGCAAGGUACUCAUAUGUGGCAUGGGGUCUCGUCAUGGAAUUUGCCUCGGUCGCUGUUGGACUUCCAGCUUGGUGUGUGGCGAACCUAGUGCUGUACUCGGCGCCCGAGAAACCCGCCGAUUCGUUGGUGUCAGGACGUUUGACUUCGCCAGAGUCAGUGGCGGACCUUAAAAUCCUGUCGCUGUCUUUCAUCUUGACGACUCUGAUUCCUUCACUGCUUAUGCUCGCCUGCCCACCAAGUGCAGCGAAUGCUUUAAUCUCCCAGCAGACGUGGAUACUGAUCCGCCUCUUUCACCCAGUCCUUCUGGCCGUCGUGCACGCCUCGCUUCGCUGGAUAGCACAGCCUACGUGGUCUGUUAGUCGUGGCAGCAGCCGAAACAGUGCUGAUGUUGCGACGUAUGACUUGCUGGCGAAUUGGAUAUUUUCCGCCGCUUUCUGGACCGCCGCAGGUCCUCAUAUACUUCUUUCGUCGGCCAUACUGCUGACUUAUGUCGCGCCUGGGUUGCUGAGCGUGCAUCUUUUCAAAUCCCUAUCUACCGGCGCGUUGUGGCCGGUGGCGUCUAUUUGGCGAAGCUCUAGUUCCAAGGCAGAGACAAUCCCGCUCGGUGUGUCCAUCUUUAUGACCGCGAAUGAGGUCAUUUCUACCUUGGCACUAGGUGCCUGGGCGUGGAACAAGAAUCAAUCCGCUGUGCAGCAACAACCUGAAAAUGGGGCCAAUCAUUUCUCUAUCGCUACCAGCAGAGUUCUAUGGUUGGCCAUAGGAUUUGGUCCUGGCGCAGCAGCUGUUACGUUGAUGGAGAACAGAAACAAGAUACUGCGCACAUCAGUUUCUGCUGGUGAUAAGAAAAAGACUAGAUAA